ACCCAAUCUUGACUUGUGCUUCAAUUACUGAUUCUGGGUUUCCAAGUAAUUUUGUUGCUGAUCCUUUUCUUUAUUCUCAGCUAUUUGGGUGGUAAUCGGCGGUGGUUCGGGAUCGGCGGUGGUUGACCGUGGUUCAGAUCAACGGUGCUCGGCGGUGGUUCAAUUCAGCGGUGGUUGACCGUGGUUCAGAUUGGCGGUGAUUCAGAUUGGCAUAACCUUACAAAGUUUCAAAUUCCAGCACUGUCUUUCUUGUUUUCAAGUUCUUUCUUGUUCGAAUGUUAUUUUCUGCAAUUCAUUUUUUCCACACUAUACACAAGCCCACAGAGUAUAGUGGGUCUUCACGGAUAGUGGCGGACCUAGAAUUUUUGCCGAGCGGGUGCACCUUUAAGGUAUAUUAAAGGCCCACAGAGUCGUCUGAUGUGUUUUUAGCCGAAUUUCACCGUUUCGCAAGAUUUUAAAGUUUUUUGGUUGAUUUCGAGGUAUUUUUUUAGAUUGUUUGGUUGAUGUGUCUUAUAUUUUCUAUUAUCUCGGAGCACCCUUAAAAGUUCACGGGGCCUUCUUUCAUACCCCAAAAGAAAUCUUGCGAAAAUAAGUUGAUUAGGUGCACAGGAGCCCGCUCGGACAUAUAUCAGUCCGCCUCUGUUCAAGGAAACAACUGCUCUACUCUUUAGGGUUGGGGGUCAAGUAUGCCUACAUCUCACCCCCAAGACCCCAUCUUCUUGUGGGAGAUACCGGGCUUGUUUGGUUUUACACUUGAAAGAAAGUGAAAACAUCGGGUUCUGGAUUCAAAACUAAACAAAUGUCCGAGGGCUGUCGAUUUUCGGUACUUGCAUGCUUUUUUAAGUAUGUUAUAAAAUACUUACACACACUCCUUACCUUUGGUGAGAUUUGAACGUUUGACCUCAUGGGAGGCUGGGCUCUACUGGUGACCGAGGUACCAUUGGGACAGUGACCCUUUGGUCGGUACAUAUAUGUUCGUAAAUGGAGAUAUUCUUUAUCUGUUCUUUGAAACCAAGAAUCCGAUAACGAUGCAAGGAGAUAUCGGGGUUGCAAGGAGCAACGAUGAUGGAGCAACAUGGGAACAAUUGGGAGUGGCUUUGGAUGAAGACUGGCAUCUUUCGCAUCCAUAUGUUUUCGACUACAAUCGUCAAAUAUAUAUGAUGCCCGAUGGAGGUGAAAGGGGGGACACCCGUCUUUAUCGAGCAGUUGGGUUUCCGUUACAGUGGAAACUCGAAAAGAUCAUCUUGGAACGCCCGCUAGUUGACGCUUUUAUCAUACAACAUGGGGAAAACUACUGGAUUUUUGGUUCUGAUCCUAGUCGAGGAACCAAUGGAGGUUUUGAAAUCUGGUAUAGUAGCACGCCUUUUGGUCCGUGGACCCCACACAGGAAGAAUCCCAUUUCGGGAGUACGAAAUGGAGGCCGACCCUUCUCUUACAACGGGAAUCUUUAUCGGUUAGGUCAUGAUGAAAAUGUUCUUGUGUUCAAGAUUGAAGUUCUUACAACUGACAGUUAUAAAGAAGUGAGAGUUGAUUUGGGGAUGGAAAAGCCGACGAAAGGUAAAAAUGCAUGGAACGGGGCUCGAUCGCAUCACCUUGAUGUUCAAGGGCUAAGGACCGGGCAGUGGAUUGCGGUUGCAGACGGGGAUCGGACUUUAUUUGGGGACGUGACGAGUAGGCGCGUGAUCGGGUGCAGUUUAAUCCUGGCUGCAGGUUUGCUCGUUUUUUUCGUGGGUUUGCUUUUCGGGUUCGUUAAGUGCUUUUUUCCGCUUACCCACAAUAUAAAGAGGAGAAACGACGCUUUGUUGGUUUGGGAGAGAUUGAAACUGAGGCUGCGGUGGAAUCAGGUGAGUUCGUUUCUUCGUGGCAAGAUAAACCCGACUACCUUUGUGGGUAAGUUUGUUUUCACGAUCCUACUGAUAGCAACGAUUGCGAUAAUAUCCGUUGGAUUUGGAUACAUCUACGGAGGAAAUGGUGCGGAAAAACCAUAUCCCGUUAACGACCAUUUUUCACAAUUCACGUUAUUAGCCAUGACAUACGAUGCUCGAAUGUGGAACUUGAAAAUGUACAUAAAACAUUACUCUCGAUGUGCCUCGGUCCGUGAAAUCUUGGUGGUUUGGAACAAAGGCAAGCCUCCUGAUCCAAGCGAGUUCAACUCGAUGGUCCCGGUCAGGAUCCGAGUCGAGGAACAAAACUCAUUAAACAACCGGUUCAGAAUCGACCCGUUAAUCAAGACAAAGGCGGUCCUCGAGCUCGAUGAUGAUAUCAUGAUGAACUGUGACGAUCUCGAACGUGGGUUCAAGAUUUGGCGGGAAACCCCGGAACGGCUCGUCGGGUUUUACCCUCGGCUCGUCACUGGACCACCACCUUUAAAGUAUCGACCUGAGAAACAUGCUCGUAGUCACAACGGGUACAACAUGAUUUUAACGGGGGCCGUGUUUAUCGACCGCCAGGAGGCGUUCGAGCGGUAUUGGAGCAAAGAGGCGGAGCCGGGGCGGAAGAUGGUGGAUGAGGUUUUUAACUGUGAGGAUGUGUUGAUGAACUUCUUAUACGCGAAUGCUACGCCUUCGGGUCCUUCGGUGGAGUACAUAAAACCGGCGUGGGCAAUCGAUACGUCAAAAUUUUCUGGUGUUGCAAUCAGUGGAAACACGCAGGCGCAUUAUCGGGUUCGAAGCAGGUGUUUAGAAAGGUUUACGGAGUUGUAUGGGGGAUUAACGGAUCGGAAAGUUGAAUUUGGGAGGAGGAAGGACGGUUGGGAUCAGUAAAUUUACCGUUUAUAACGAGCCUUCGGUUAACAAUCGGUGGUGGGACCGCGGUGGUCCUUGGAUGCACAGGUCGAGCGAUGGCAAACUGCCGACCCCGCCCCGGUGGCUGGUGGGGUCGGAUUUGUUGUCGUAAAUACAAAAAUUUUGAACAUAUUUUUGUAUACGAGGGUAAUUAUGGUAGAAAAUAAAUGAGAUUCGAAUAAGCCAUGGAAUUUUGUUUCUAGUUGCUUGGUGGAGUCUUGUACGGGGACGAUUGAUAUGCUGAUUCAUAAUUAAUUUUUUUAAACGGUAAAA